AUGGCUGACAACGUGCCUACGCCGGCCUCCUCCGCGCUUGACAACUCGGAUACCAUACCUGCUCCCCACAAGCGAACUGAUGAGCCCACCCCAGGCAGAUGGGUCGCCUCUGUAAACACCCUACCAUGCAUCACUGCCGGAAAGGGUACCUUCGUGGAAUCAGACUUCCUCAAGUUUCUUCGGACUAUGGAAUCUCUCCGAGAGCCUACUCCAAGGGAUGAUGAAGAUAUUUUGAACGUGGAAGCCAUCUAUAUCCAGAUGAUUGGACAGCAGGCCGAGGAGGAAUGUAACUGCUGUCAACAAGGAGAGGGGCCAUUCUCCUACUGCGUUGUCAUCGAUACCCUCGGUUGGCCAAAGGAGUGUGCUAACUGCCACUGGGAUGGCAAUGACCAUCAAUGUUCGCACGCAAUUGAACUUGCUGAGCCGCCUCUCGUCCCUCUUGCCAUCCCCCGCCGGUCAGCACUCUCUGUCCAUGACCAAGACUUGGCUCGCCAGCGGGCGAGCGACCGUCAAGAUUUCCUUCGCGAAUUAAACACUCUACGUGACAUCACUGCUGUUCUUUGCUUUGCCGCGCGGAAUAAUGAGUAUGAAACCACUCGGGGACUGCGAUUUCCUAUCAGCUCCUCACCUGUUCCACGGGUCUGGACACAGGUUGGAGCUGGUGCCUGUAGAGGCAAUGCCAUUCACUCUACCGAGCAGCUUACACAGCGUACCCAGGAUCUCCAACGUGCACUUGAUGAUCUCAUUCGCCGGUAUAGGGAGUAA